UUUCGUUAUCCUCAAAACUCGCGAGUGAACUCUCAUCUUCUUCUUUCGCCCAUAGCUACAAUGCUUAGUCUCUCAAUUGCCUCGCCGGGGACGGCGGUGACUUUCCUCCGAGGAAACACUUCGACCUCUUCUUCGUUCCACGGCGUCAGAAUCUCGCACAAAGCUUCGGCUCGCGUGCCCGCGGCGGCGAUUUCUUCGUACGGGAAACCUUCGGUGGUGAUGAUGUCGAAAAGAGAGGCGGAGCUGAAAGAUAUCAGGGCGAAGACGACGGAGGAGCUGAACGAGGAGGUGAUUGACCUUAAAGGAGAGCUCUUUAUGCUCCGUCUCCAGAAAUCGGCGAGGAACGAGUUCAAAUCGAGCGAGUUUCGCCGUAUGAAGAAACAAGUAGCUCGGAUAUUGACGGUGAGAAGAGAGAGGGAGAUAGAAGAAGGGAUAGGGAAGAGGUUGUCGAGGAAACUUGACAGGCAAUGGAAGAAAAGCAUUGUUGUCAGACCACCUCCUUCUCUCAAGAAGCUUCAAGAGGAAGAAGCUGCUGAAGAGGCUGCUGAAGCUGCCAAAUCUGCUUGAUAUAACCCCCUAGCAGCCAUUCUAUUUCUCUGUUGAUGUUACUCUCUGUUGCUGGAAACCAUAUGCUAUUUUGUUCUUCUUCUUCUGUUGGUGUAAAAACUUUGUUCAUUAAGCAGUUUACAUAAUUUCUAGUGGCUUCUGUUCUUGACCA